AUGGUAACUUGUUCAGUCGUAAAGACCUGUUUAGCCGAGGGUUCCACCUUAUGUAACCCCACUUCGCAGAAGUGCCCUCCAUGCGUUUAUGCGCUCGCAGGUGGUGACUACUCGUGCUAUACUCGAGACAAGAAGGGAGACUGCCCCUUUGCGGAGACUUUUGCUGAAUGUGAUAAGUCGACCUCAACUUCUAACAAGAGCGCAUCCGAUAGCAAUAGUGAUAAGACACCGGAGGAGACGAAGGACAAGUCUAAGGAGGUAUCAGUGACGACUGAUAGCGUUACAGCGCCAGAGAUGCCGACUUCCGACACGGACUCUACAAUCGAUGAAGCUAGAUCGAACGAUAUCAACUCUGACACAACUUCGUCUUUGCCUACGGCCACUUCUCCGACAUUAGAUGAUUCAAAACCGACCCAACCACCAAUUAAACCACCCAGUGACGUGUCCGAAAGUAGUUCCGUACCAAUUCCGAUAGCCAACACUGACGACACGUCCAGUUCGCUAUCAACAACCAACUUGGCUCUAAUUAUUGCCGCAGUGGUGCUUGCGUUAAUCUUGAUUGCGUUCAUAGCUCGUCGAAUGACGAAAAAGAAGAAAAUGGCCCAUAAGCUGGAGAAUACAGCGUCAACACAAGGUAGCCAACGGUCCAACAGGACACAUACUUCAGGAGUCUCUUCCGAAAACAUCUACUCGACCUACGGCUAUACGAGUGGAGCUACCAAGGAUAAUGGCAUCACGAUGCUGUCUGACUCACAAGCUAGCAGCACCUACGGUCCCGACUACAACGACCAACUAAGCCACAUUGGGGCGUCUCCAAGGUCAAUGGCUGACUUUUCCAAUUACGAUGGAGAUUCUCUGUAUUCUGAGGAUUCGCAGUAUUUCAGUGUGAGCACAGGGCCUCAAAAUCUCUACGCAAACAACAAACUGCCUCUUCCAUUAACGAAAGCAGGACAGAGCUUCGUGGACGUGACGGCACCUUUGAGAAACAACAGGCCUCUAGAGCUUGACUCGAUGCACACAGAACUUCCUUUAACGGUGAGUCAGCUGAUGCCUACAGCUGUUGGCGGCAAAUGUCGAAACAAAGCAUAUGCUGUUCGACAAAAACCUGGAUCGAUUCAAUACGGGCACGUGCAGCCUACAGCGUACGAUUCUGCUAUGCCUCAAAGCCACAGACAACCCCAAAUUUUUGGUCUGUCUACAGCUAGUAGUAUGAGGAGCGACUACGAUAUCGUUGAUCCCCUCACAAUGCGUGACGCUGAGGCACGCAACACCGAGAUUUUGGCAGAGGAGAAUUUUUUCCCCAAGUUUUCUUUCGAGUCAGAAGCCGACAUGGACGACGAAUCCUCAUCCGACGGGGAGAACAGCGGCGACGAACGGGUGCAAGGUAUGGCAGAGCACAUGAUUUAA